UUGUUACAGGUAAAGCAGAAAUGGAAACACCUGUUCUUCAAUUCACAGCUUCUCCAGGAAACAGUGUUUUAUUUCCAGGACUAGAAAGUGAACCACAUGGUGGAGUCAUUCAAUGGGAGUUCACAGACCCAUAUUCAAAGCAAAAGUCCUUCUCCAUUAUAGAUUAUUAUAUCCUGUCACCUGAGCCAGAGAUUUAUUCAAAUUAUGCUGGUCGAGUCAAACUGUACAAGAAUGCCUCAUUAUUACUUCUUAGUAUAAACAAAAACGAUGGUGGCAUUUACGGUUUUCUAGUAAAUCUAACCUUGUUCAGGCACAUCAACUUGAGUGUUAUAGACCAACUUUCAUUUCCUUCCAUCGUAAGAAAUUUGACAUCAUUUAAUAAAUCAAUUGCACUGUCAUGCUCUGCAAAGGAAGAGGUCACAAGUUACAUUUGGCAGAAAAAUGGUGAGGAACUGCCUACCUCUGCAGUUCUUCUGAGUAGCAACCAGAUAAUUAUAACAAUGCCAGAAAAAUAUGUCUGUGAAAGAUACAGGUGCAUUGUGAAAAACCAGUUAAGUGAAAACUCUGCUGAAUACCAUCUUCAUCCUCAAGGACCACAUCAGUUUCCAAUUGUUUUGGCAUACUUGGCAAUGGCAAUUUCCCUCCUGAGCAUGUUCGCUUGCAUCUGCCACAGUGAAGGCUGGAGACGUAUGAUUUCUGAGAUUACAUCUAUACUGCUUGCCUUAACAGCAACAGGUUUCUGGGCCUUAACUGGAGAAAAUCCUAUCUUUACAGUCUCCGUAUUCAUCAACCUGUUUCUUAUUCUGGCUGGAAAUAUGUAUGCCUUAGCUAAGAGGAUCAGGAAAAGAGGACAAAGACAAAGCGACAGGGAUACUGUCCAAAGUAGAACAGCAUGCCAAAAUGCAUGGGAACUCUGGAUUGGACUGAACACACUAGGCAUCUCAACUGAACUGGCUAUAUCAUUUCAUAUAUACUAUAAAACCUGCCAUAUUUCAUCAAUGCUGGUAUAUGUCCUUGUGUCGAUCACACUUGCAUUCCUUUUCACUGCCACUUCCAUUCUGAUACUUGUCUCAUUUUUCCGGAGAAAAAGUGAUUCUCAACAAAAUGAGUCACAAAACAAGGAAUAUACAAAAGUGAGCUAGUAUACCAAUAAACCAGUCUGAGGAGAAUUACACCAACGAAUCUUUCAUUUAUAUUACCUAUAUUUUUGUUUUUCAUGGCUAACCUGGAGCCUUUCCCAUCAAGCUGGGAGUGUAAAGCAUAGAACAGGUGUCUGAUGGAAUGCUAGUCCAUGGCAGGAGUCCAACACACACACGCACAGACUGGAAGGAGGAAUUUAGUUCAUCAGUAUUUCACUCAUCAAAGCACAUCUGUAAAACUCCAUGUAGAUCCAGAGCAGAAAUGCAAAUUAUUCCACAAAGACUGGCAAGUCCAUCUGAGAAAUGAACUUGAGAAACAAAUACCAUGAGGCAGCAACACUAAAUGGUCAUCUGAAGUUCUUGGGAAAAUAAUGCAAAUUAGGGUGUAAUGUACCCAACAGCAUAUAGUGAAUCAGGAACACCAACACUCAGUAAGUUGCAAACAUGACUGUACACAGAUGUGCUAUUGCACUCUAAAGCAGUAAAACACAGAUUAACAUCACAGCACAGUAACAUACAUACAGUAUCAACAGUUAUUUAGUCUUAGAGUGAGCUUCCACAAAUAUGAGCUGUCAAAUGCAUACACAAAGUCUCCUAAAAGUGAAGGUUUUCAUGACAGAAAGACUACUUUAACUCAACAGGCCAUUAAUGUCCUAGAUGCAUGUGCCAUUGACAUGAUCUCAUUCUAGUUUUACUGUAUUGAAGUAUAUAUGAAAAUGUUAUAUUUUUGUUGCAUUAAAUUAUUUUAACUGA